AUGCUGAGCGAAUUUCGCUACGUACAUACCGCGCUUGAUCCGGAAAGUUCGAUGGAGCUGUCGAAUAUACUCCACCAACCAAAGUUAUUGUACAUCAUUCUCAGCCAGCUGAGUGGUUUUUGCCGGGUGAAACACCUCAUCAGGGCUCAUCCAUCCCUUCGCCCAGACACGUGUCUUCCUGAGAUCACUGCCUCGCCCUCGUCGCUUGCUACGUAUUAUAGCUCCGUGCAGCCAAUAUGGCAGCCGCCAAUGGCCAUGGACCCCGCCCACCGGACCGCCGCUCAAUCUCAAUCAGCCUCCCAGUCAUCAUCCGAAGCCUAUUGUGGUGUGUCACGAAACGAAACGACCCAACCUGGCAACCUGAAGAUCACCGCCAAGAGCGUACUCUUCGUUGUCUUUCCUUCGAUCUGUGCGAUUCUGUGCUCGGUUAACGCACAAACUCAUCAUCCUUUGAUUUGUAUGAAGAAACGGAAAGAAACAUGCAUCUUCGAGUUCCACUCAAGCUCCACUCAACUUGCGCCAGGGUGCGCUCCGCGGCGACCCCCGAGAGCGCACAGACACCCCGUCCUCCCCGGGCUCCCGAUCUGCGCCACACCACCCCAGGAGAGUCGCAGCGAAAGGAACGGAGGCCGAACCACCUUGGCACGGCUCUACACGAACCGACGGCGGGUGAUGUACAUCCUCUUGCGCCGCGGUCGACAGUGCGAACCCUGUGACGAGGACAUCGACCAGCCGGACGUACGUUGA